AUGACAGGAAUUGUCCUUGUGGCCAUCAAUCCAUAUGAGGAUCUGGCAAUCUACGAUACUGACACCAUCAUGGCCUAUCGGGGUCAAGACAUGGCCAAUCUUGAUCCCCACAUUUUUGCUGUGUCUGAGGCAGCUUUCACACAGAUGGAACGGGAGAAUGUGGACCAGUCUAUCAUUGUAUCUGGAGAAUCAGGAGCUGGGAAAACAGUGUCAGCAAAAUAUGCCAUGAGGUUCUUUGCAACCGUCAGUGGGUCAUCAGAUGAGACACAGAUCGAGCAGAAAGUCUUGGCUUCCAAUCCCAUCAUGGAAGUAUGUCCUUCAGGCAAUUUAUUGACGUCCCGGCGGGGGAAAUACGAGGUGAGCAAGCGGAUGUCGGCGGAGCUGCGACCGAGGGCCACGACCCUGGACCGGGGCCGGGGGGUCGUCUCGCGGCCCGCGCCCUACCCCUUCAUCGCCCAGGCGCAUCCGUCCUGCUAUGCCGAAGGGGCGCGGGUCUGGGUGCCGGACAAGGAUGCCGUCUGGAAGUCUGCCACCAUCUCCAAAGACUACAAGGGGACCAAGGGAGAAAUCCUUCAUCUAAUUCUUGAUGAUGACCAAGAGGAGUUUAGUUUGGAAAUCAAGAAUGAAAAGGAUCUACCUCCCCUGAGAAAUCCAGACAUAUUGGUGGGUGAGAAUGACCUCACAGCUCUGUCAUACCUUCAUGAGCCAGCAGUCCUGCAUAAUCUCCAGUACCGAUUCAAUCAGCAUAAUGCCAUCUACACAUAUUGUGGAAUUGUCCUUGUGGCCAUCAAUCCAUAUGAGGAUCUGGCAAUCUACGAUACUGACACCAUCAUGGCCUAUCGGGGUCAAGACAUGGCCAAUCUUGAUCCCCACAUUUUUGCUGUGUCUGAGGCAGCUUUCACACAGAUGGAACGGGAGAAUGUGGACCAGUCUAUCAUUGUAUCUGGAGAAUCAGGAGCUGGGAAAACAGUGUCAGCAAAGUAUGCCAUGAGGUUCUUUGCAACCGUCAGUGGGUCAUCAGAUGAGACACAGAUCGAGCAGAAAGUCUUGGCUUCCAAUCCCAUCAUGGAAGCCAUUGGGAAUGCCAAGACAACCCGCAAUGACAACAGCUCCCGAUUUGGGAAAUACAUAGAAUUGGACUUCACAAAACAGUACACCAUCUUUGGUGCCAACAUGCGCACAUAUCUGCUCGAGAAGUCUCGUGUUGUGUUCCAGGCAGCUAAUGAACGCAACUACCAUAUCUUCUAUCAGCUAUGUUCAGCUGGCAAUCUCCCAGAAAUGGAGCCUUUGAAACUUGCACAUCAAGAUCAGUUCCACUAUCUUAACCAGGGUGGAAACUCAUUCAUCGAGAGCAUAGAUGACCUUGAACAGUUUCAGGCCACUCGGAAUGCCCUGAGCAUCCUUGGAAUCUCCAACGACAUGCAAAUGCAGGUCUUUCGUAUUCUGGCAGCUAUAUUGCACCUUGGCAACAUUGCCAUAUUGGAUACUCGGGAUCAGUCUGAUUCGUGUCAUGUUCCUAAAAAUGAUCCCCAUCUCCUGGUUGUGAGUGACCUCCUCCAAGUGGACAAGGAGGGAUUGGCAAAGUGGUUGACAAAUAGACGUAUCGUGUCACAAAGAGAAGUGUUCACGAAGCCAAUGACAUCAUCGGAGGCGAUGUUUGCUCGCGAUGCUUUAGCAAAGCACGUAUAUGCUAACCAGUUUGGAUUGAUUGUGGAGUGUAUCAACAAGAGCCUUGCCAGUGCCUCCCCCCCUUUCCGCUUCAUUGGAGUCCUGGACAUCUAUGGGUUUGAGACCUUUGAAGUCAAUAGCUUUGAGCAGUUCUGCAUCAAUUAUGCCAAUGAAAAGCUGCAGCAGCAGUUUUGUCAGCAUGUGUUCAAACUGGAACAAGAAGAAUAUUUGCGAGAGCAGAUCGAGUGGAAGUUCAUAGACUAUUACGACAACCAGCCUUGCAUCAACCUGAUCGAGGGGAGACCACUGGGGAUCCUCUCCCUGUUGGACGAUGAGUGCCGCAUGCCCAAAGGCUCAGAUGAAUCAUGGGUCCUCAAGCUAUAUGACAAGUGCAAGGGGCAACACCACUUCAGCAAGCCACGGCUCUCAAAUACGGCCUUCAUCAUCUCCCACUUUGCAGACCAGGUGGCAUAUGAGUGUGCAGGAUUCCUUGAGAAGAACAGGGAUACGGUGCACGAAGAGCAGAUUUCUGUGCUCAAGGCUAGUCAUGAUUUAUAUGUGGUGGAGCUUUUCCUGGAUGAAGAGGAGAGAGCAAAGCACUCCAAGGCAAGACCAUCACCAAUGCCACGAGGUUCUUCCACGCCCACCAGCAAAACUGCUCCAUCAGCAAUGCCAAGAGGUUCUUCCACCAACAAGGGAUUGUCUACUGCAUCCCCAUCAACUGGAGCCUCCCCUUCUGCAUCCAAACACCGAAAGCAGACGGUGGGGUCUCAGUUCCAUGACUCCUUGAACCUGUUAAUGAAGACUUUGAAUGCCACGACUCCACACUACGUGAGAUGCAUCAAACCCAAUGACGAUAAGAUGGCAUUCAAUUUCGACCCAAAACGUGCCGUUCAGCAACUCCGGGCCUGUGGCGUGUUGGAGACAGUACGCAUCUCUGCAGCUGGAUUUCCUUCCAGAUGGACAUACCCAGAGUUCUUCUGGCGGUAUCGUGUUCUCAUCAAGACGAAAGACAUCAAGCGGUCUGAUUUGCCUGCCACAUGUGCCAAAAUCAUCCAGGGAAUCAUCCAGGAUGAAGACAAAUAUAAAUUUGGGAAGACAAAAUUGUUCCUUCGAGCGGGUCAGCUGGCAUACAUGGAGAAGCGUAGAUCGGAUCGUCUCCUUGCUUGUGGAGUCCUCAUUCAGAGAAUCUUCCGGGGAUUUUUGGCCAGGCGCAACUAUAGGCAGAUCACACAAUCUAUCCUCCUCUUACAAACCUUUGGACGUGGAUUUCUUGCACGCAGAACCGCUCAGGAGAUCCGCCAGACCCGAGCUGCUAUCAAGAUACAGAAGCAUGUCAGAAGCUUCGUCUGCCAGAGGAAGUACCAGAGGAUGCGUGCCUGGGUCAUUCGACUCCAGGCACACAUUCGUGCUCACAAUGCCCGUCUUCACUACCUCAAUCUUCUUCAUAAUGCAAAGGCUGUGGUUAUCCAACGGCACAUCCGAGGUUUUCUGGCCCGUCGAGAAUAUUCAAAGGCCAAAAGAAACCUCAUCAUUGUACAGAACCUAUGGCGAAGGAAAUGCGCCAUCCACGAGCUCAAGGAGCUCCGUAAAGAGGCACGUUCAGUUGAGCACGUUAAGAAACUCAACAGAGGUCUGGAGAACAAGAUCAUGUCUCUGCAAAAUCGCAUUGAUGAACUGGUGAGUCUGGCUCCCCUUAUCCCCUGUUCUUUGGUACCAUACUUUGAUCUGGAUAAUGCAACUGCUGAUGCCAAAGAGAAUUCCCAGUUCCACAACCUGCAGACAGAGAAUCACAGGCUGCAAGCAAAAAUCAAGGAACUUCAAGCACACGAGCAUGAUGCACGGGAAGCCCAAUUGGUCCAGAUCCGGCAGCUCCAGGAGGAGCUGAAAGAGGAACGCCUAUCCAAAGAGCAGAUGGCCCACGAGCUCAAGGAGAAACAGAAGUCAUUGGAAGCUCGGCAGGCUGAACGAGAUGAGGCCCAAUUGAAGAGCAAGGAGCUUCAGGACCAACUUGCUCGUAUGGAGGAAGACUUUCAAGGAAGGCUGAAGGAUGAGAUCGAGAAGGCAGCAGAAAGACGAGUAAAGGAAGCCACGCACGAGAUGGAUUCCUUGCUGGCUCGCAACCAGGCAUUGAUCAUGGAGAAGGAGCAGCUGCAGCAGACGGUCGAGGAGCUUCGCGUCCGCCAGCACUUCCCCUUGGGCCCACAGUACUGGUCGGCUUCAUCUAACAUCAGUGUCACCAGUGAGGCCCCCACUGAUAUUGUGCGUGAUGAUGCAUCAGACCUGGCUCACAUGGACCACUUGAGUGUCACUUCCUCUGAACUCCCACUUGAGGAGGAUGCCGGAUAUGGAUCCACUCGCGUCCGGGAUGCAAGCGACCAGAGACGUCUCGAGAACCUGGGCUGGCACAAACCUGAGGACGGAGCCGAUCCAGAACGCACGACCCAGCACCACGUGCAGCUGCUCCUCGAGAAGCUUCGCAAGUACGAACACGAGAACGCCGAACUCCGUGGGAAACUGCAUUCGCAGCAGACAGAAAAGAGCGUCUCCCCCCUGGAAUCAGCUGCGGACCACAUUCGGUUGCAAGAGCUGGAGAUCGAGACCUCCAAGCAGAAAGAAGAGCUGAAACGAUUGCGGAUGGCAGCUGCAGCCGGGCACGGGGCCCUCACGGACGAAAUCAUGGCCCAGCACCAGGCGCUGGAGGACGAGCUGAUGCGGCGGCGGGACGAGUGCAUCGAGCUGCGGUCGGUCCUCGCGGACCAGGCCAAUCGGGUGACGGAUGGCCUGGGGGAGGGGGAGAACCAGGAUUAUGCCGCGGCUUAUGAUGCACUCAAGAAGACGCUCAGGCAGCUGUCGGUGGACCUCCAGCGGGAGAAGGAGCAGAAGGAGGAGCUGCAGGAGGAGAUGAAGCGGUUGCGGAAGGACAACGAGCGGCAGCAGACCCUCCUCGCGGAGAACCUGCGGGACCCGCAGGGCCACACGGAGAGGAUGCUCCAGUCGGACGUACUCCGCCUCACCAACGAGAACCUGGUGGGUGUCUGGGUCCGCUCGGUGGGAGGAUGGGUCCGCUCGGUGGGUGGCUGGGUCCGCUCG